AGCAGCUAGUCGUUCGUCCCUCACUCCAGGCUCUGAGUUUAUAGGCAGCCAGGCAGAUUUCUUGGCUUAGACGCAGCGCUCAUGACAGGAUUAGGAGCCGGGGACGUGGGACCAACCGGAGAUCUGCAGGUCCUUGUGGACGAGCUCGAGCCAGAUUCUCUGCCUGCACAGCUGUGACCGGCCUGCUGUGUCCCGUCACAACUUCUGUCAACCGCCUGCCAAGGUUGACCUGAUUACCGAGAGGCCUCUCCUCUCCCAUCAUGCGUCUCCUCACCACCCUCCUCCUCUUGCUGCUCCUCCAGUCAGCCGAGCCCCGGAGAGGCCCUCGGUCUGGGGCUGCGGAGAGGGGCGCUGGGGGCCGUGUACGGGGCAGAGGUAGGGCCGGGGUUAUGAGACGGCAGACUCAGGAGUGUAAGGAAUAUGUGGAGGCUGGAGAGAAGUACCUGGAUUGUCAGGACAGGCAGCUGACCAGCGUGAUGCAGGACUGGCCCAAAGAUAUUCAGCAUCUGCUGCUGGCAAGAAAUAAGAUCCAGGUUUUGAGGGACAACAUGUUUUCCCAGUUCACCAUGCUGAAGAGCCUGGACCUCCAGCAGAACCACAUCUCCAUGGUGGAGGACGGAGCAUUCAGCGGCCUCUCCCAGCUCACCACCCUGCUGCUCCAACACAACGGACUGAAAACAGCCUCUGAGGAGCUUCUGCUCCCUCUGCCCCGCCUAACCUACCUCCGGAUCUAUGACAACCCCUGGAACUGCGACUGCUCGUUGGACAGCCUAGUCAGGACCCUGCAAGUGCCAAGCAACCGCAACCUGGGUAACUUUGCCAAGUGUGCGGUGCCCCUAUCGCUGAGGGGCCAGAAGCUGAGGAAGCUGAGUGUGGAAUCAUUGUGUGCGAGUGACAACCAGGUGGACACCAGGCCAGGGGGUGGAGGAGGGGGGCGACAGAAGCCUCCCCCAAUCAAACUGAAGCAAGAGGCCACAUCCAUGUGUCAUACCUACUUGUUUCCUAAACCUCUGCUGGACUGUAGCAACAAAGAUUUGAUUAACAUCCCCUCCAACCUGCCAUCUGACAUAGUAAAGAUGGAUCUGUCCAGUAACAGCAUCAAAGAACUCAGGCCCAAACUGUUCCUGCUGUCCAAAGACCUCAAGCUGCUCAACCUCAGCAGCAACAACCUACAGCGAUUGGACACAGCUGCAUUCGCAGGCCUGCUGUACCUCCGCGAGCUCGACCUGUCCAACAACAGCCUCCAUUACUUCCAGUACGGCGUACUAGAGGACCUCUACUUUCUACGGAAGCUCACACUAAACAACAACCCCUGGAUCUGCGACUACAACAUCCACUACCUUAUCUACUGGCUCAAGCAUCACCCUGGUGUCUCCCACACCGGCCUGAUCUGCUCUGAGCCGAAAGAAUUCAAGGGGUGGCGCGUUGAGGAUUACGUCAAGACCUACAACGGGGAAUGUCCUAAGGAUAGACAAACUGGAGGGAUGGAUACAGGACAGGGAGAGCAAGGAGGGACAGAAAAUGAUGCUCAGGAGGUGGCUGGGGAGACACCGGGUGAGGGGCAGGGUGGGCGUCUGCCUCGGCCGCUGAAAGAGAAGAAGAACAACGGGAUUGAAAUCAUCAGGUUGAGUUAGAAUGGAGGUGGAUGAGUGGACGGUGAGAAGAGAUGGAUUAACAUUGAGGUCUGUUGACGGGCUGAAGAAUGGAUUUUUUUCAAAAGGUAGAUUCAGAGAUUUGUUUUUAAAUCCCUUUGAUUUGUUAGAGUACCAGAUGGGGAUACAGUUCAUUGUUUUUGUGUGUUUUAUAGCAAAAAAGGGGGCAUUUUUUUAAAAAGUUUGUUACUUUUAACAUCAUAAUUCUUCAACAUUUACACUUUAAGAAAGGUUUUAGAGUUACCAAUUAAACUUUUGUUCCCAAUUUCUGAUCUGAUCAGUAUCAGAUCUAAUUCCCCAAACAUAAAAUCUUUUAAUUUCCUAUGCAGUUAACCACAGUUGCUUUUUUUCUGUUGUGACAUAUUGAGGCCAGAAAACCCUUCUUUAAUGUAAUAUUUGUUUUCCUUUAUAUUGAUUAAUGUCCGACAGUGUCUCCAUGUGUUCUGGAAAUAAAAUUGGGUUUAUUUUUUCUGAAA